GCUAUGAUCUAGACUGUAUCCACUGCUCCCCUUUUCCAUUCUGUAAAUGUUAGCACAAAGCUGUUGGCCAUCUUCCUCCGUGUCUCUAACACUAACCAUUGGCAAGAUUUAUUUAAGCAGCCACACGCGCCUCCCUUGCUCAGUAACCGCACUCUCUCAUAUCUUCCAACUCUAAAGCCUUCCUUUUUGUGUGUUUUCCCCCCGGAGGAGAUAUCUUUAAGCUCCUUUAUUAGCCAUUUCCCCGUUUGGAUAUCUUCCAUUUGAACUGAGACUUCUAAUCUUCCCUGUUUUGCUAGUUCAUAUCUUCCCUGUUCUGAAGGAGCUGUCUUUGGUGUUUUUGUGUUUUGAGACUUUCAACUCAGAACAUGUAAAACAUUUGUUUCUGUUGAUGCUCUGUUAGCCAAUGCACUUCAUCUUCUUGUUGCCGUUGAUCUUGUUUUGAGUUUUCUGAGAAGCAUCAGUCAACCCCAGUGAUCAUGGCCUUUCUCUGAUUCUUUUCAUUUGUAACGCCCCAACGCCCAUGGAUUUUCGCUAAAUUUUUGCGUUGAGUUCCAUGCUUUCUUCUCCUUAGAUUCUGGCGAUAUUUUCUAGCAGAUUACAACAUGUAAAGUUUGCAUUUUGUUGUUCUGUGAGGGUGCUUUUCUCAAAGGAGGUGAAUUGCCAGCCAUGGAGGAGUUCAAACAUUCCUUACCGAGUCGCUAAUUAUUUUUUCCUUUACUGUUUCUUAACUUCGAUUCAUUGAUACUAUGAGAACAACCAUUUCUCCAAUAAGUUCUUCACUAGGCUUAGCGCAAUUGUACAUAUAGAUGCCUGAACAAGAAAAUAGAUUAGCACUAAGAGUUUUUCGUAACCAGGACGCACACUUUUAAUUAGCCUGCAUCUGAUAGAAAGCAUUAUAACUAGUAGAUAUGGAGAUGGUAAUGAUACAAGAGUAGGAUCGAUGUCCAACCUCGAGUUCCAUGGGUAUAGUUGUGUUUUGUGUUUUUCUUCUAUUUAGCACCUUUCUCUCUUUGCUUUAUUUGAUCACAUAUCUCCACAUAUAAUGUGACACCGAAUUGGUACCUUUCCCUUGCAUCCUUAAUCUUUGCACAAAAUAAUCAACAGCUUAAGAUCAUGGAGGAGACCUUUGUUCCCUUUCGAGGGAUUAAGAAUGACUUGCAGGGUAGAUGGCAAUGUUACAGGCAGGACUGGGCUGGUGGUUUCAACUCUGGCUUAAGGAUCUUAGCUCCAACAACAUAUAUAUUUUUUGCUUCUGCAAUUCCUGUUAUAUCCUUUGGGGAGCAACUUGAGAGGAGCACAGAUGGAACAUUGACUGCUGUUCAAACACUCGCCUCAACUGCUCUAUGUGGAAUCAUACACUCCAUUGUUGGUGGUCAGCCCUUGCUUAUACUAGGUGUUGCUGAGCCGACGGUUCUCAUGUACACCUUCAUGUUUGAUUUUGCAAAAGACAGGCCAGACUUGGGGCACAAGCUUUUCUUGGCAUGGACUGGAUGGGUUUGCAUGUGGACUGCAUUUCUGCUCUUCAUGAUGUCUAUAUUGGGCGCUUGCUCUAUUAUCAACAGAUUUACUCGCCUUGCUGGGGAACUAUUUGGUUUACUUAUAGCAAUGCUCUUUAUGCAACAAGCUAUCAGAGGUCUCAUUGAUGAGUUUCGCAUACCAAAAAGAGAAAAUCCUAAGCAAAUUCAGUUUGUACCACCAUGGAGAUUUGGAAAUGGAAUGUUUGCAUUAGUUUUGUCCUUUGGACUUCUGCUUACUGCUCUUAGGAGUCGCAAAGCAAGGUCAUGGCGCUAUGGAACAGGUUGGCUACGUGGAGUUGUUGCAGAUUAUGGUGUACCAUUGAUGGUAUUUGUUUGGACUACAAUAUCAUAUAUACCUGUUAAUAGUGUUCCAAGAGGGAUUCCAAGGCGCCUUUUCAGUCCCAAUCCAUGGUCGGAUGGUGCUUACUCAAAUUGGACAGUUAUCAAGGACAUGUCAGAUGUUCCACCAAUUUAUAUAGUUGGUGCAUUUAUUCCAGCUACUAUGAUUGCAGUGCUCUAUUAUUUUGAUCAUAGUGUUGCAUCUCAGCUUGCUCAGCAGCAGGAAUUUAACUUAAAGAAGCCAUCUUCUUACCAUUAUGACCUUCUCCUUCUGGGUUUCCUGACUAUGUUAUGUGGGCUCAUUGGGGUUCCUCCUUCAAAUGGUGUUAUUCCACAAUCUCCAAUGCAUACAAAAGGUUUGGCUACUCUGAAACACCAGAUAUUGCGUGACAAACUACUAUCAACAGCGCGCAGAAGUAUCAGCCAAAAUUCAAGCUUGGGGCAGUUGUAUGGAAGCAUGAGAGAUGCAUAUAAUCAAAUGCAGACCCCGUUAGUUUACCAAAUUUCAUCUACUAUGGGGCUCAAGGAGUUGAAAGAAUCCACCAUCCAAAUGGCUUCAAGCAGUGGCUGCAUAGAUGCUCCUGUUGAUGAGUCAGUAUUUGAUGUGGAGAAAGACAUAGAUGACCUACUUCAUGUUGAGGUCAAAGAACAACGUCUCAGUAAUCUACUCCAGGCUGUGAUGGUUGCAGGUUGUGUUGCAGCAAUGCCCCUUCUUAAAAAGAUCCCCACAUCAGUCCUCUGGGGCUAUUUUGCCUUCAUGGCAAUUGAAAGCUUGCCAGGAAAUCAGUUUUGGGAGAGGAUAUUAUUACUUUUUACUGCCCCCAGUCGAAGAUACAAGGUCCUGGAUGAGUAUCACGCAACAUUUGUGGAGAGUGUGCCUUUCAAGGCAAUUGCGAUCUUCACUUUAUUCCAGACAAGUUAUUUGCUUUUAUGCUUUGGUCUCACAUGGAUUCCUAUUGCCGGGGUCCUCUUCCCGCUUCUGAUCAUGCUCUUAGUCCCAGUGCGGCAGUACAUCCUGCCCAAAUUCUUUAAAGGAGCUCAUCUGACAGACUUAGAUGCUGCGGUGUAUGAAGAAGCACCAGCUUUGCCCUUCAACAUUGAUGGUCAAGAUCCUAGCCGGAGAGUAACAAGGAAUGAUCUUGCGGAUGAUGGAGAAAUUUUUGAUGAGAUGAUCACUAGAAGUCGUGGUGAGAUCCGGCACACUCACAGCCCAAAGAUAACGAGUUCAACUCCGACUUCAUCAGUGGAUUUGAAGUCCUUACACAGCCCAGUAAUUUCAGAACGAACCGUCAGUCCUCAAAUCAGUCAGUUGAGGGUUGGUGGGAGCCCGGGUUUUGGAACAAAAGGAAGAGAAGUCAUGAAAACACCUAGUCCUUGGAGUCCUUUGGGAGAGAGUUCUCAGAUGUCAAGAGCCAAUUUGAAUCCUCAACAGGACUCAAAGUCACUUAGCUAAAAGGUUUUCAGGUUUGUUCAGUGUCACUUUUAGAUUGAGCUGUGAGACUGGUCAUUGUUGAUAUUAGGUUGCCUGCUGGUUAACACUUUUACCAUGGCAAUACAAUGGUGCCAUUUAUCAUAUAUGUGUUUAUAUUGUAUGGAACUGCAUUAUGGUUGGUUUCUUAAUAAAAUAAUGGAACUCGAGGUUUGGACAUGACAUUAGGAUGGUGUCAUCUAUUAUGUAAUAUGUAUGUGUUUAUAUUGUAUGAGACAGCAUUGUGUUGGUUUUUUUUUUUAAUAAUAUAAAGGAACUCGGGGGGUCAACAUGAUA